GAUAUUACGAUCCUGCCGUGGUGGACGGUCCACCGCAUCAACGGGCCAUCAACGAGAGAACCUUCCUCACCUCUUGCGAUUCUCCUCCUCUUUGACCGCCGGUUGACACGGAGACUCGGCGUUUAAACUCGGCCAGACCUGUUUGGAACACGAUCCGCGGACCAGAUUUACGCUCGACCGUAAGAGACGCGCCGUGUCUAGACGCGACAAUGAAGAAGAGGGAGAAAAAGAUCGCAGGCGAGAAAACCGCCGUGAAAUUUUCCGUCGCGAUUCACGCCUCCGUGCGUCGUCUCAAACAUCUCGAAAGAAGGAAGUGACGAGUUUCAGCGAGUGAGAAAGAAUCGUGUCGUGAUCUUCGAUGUUGGCAAUAUUUCAUUUGUAAAAUGUAUAUAUAUGAGGAUUUGAACAAAUCCAUGUUCGUGUACAUUUUUUGGAAGAAUUAAAGUUUCGUUUCCAAGUGUCGAUCUUCGGUGGAAGAACUGGAUCGUAAUUAGCGGCGCUGCCAGAAUUAUCGAUCUCGAAGAUCGCGGGUGCAUCUAAAUUUGUUUGAAUCAGUGUUGCGCGAGCGGCGGCCGCCUCGACAGACGCGGCGAGUCAUCGCGGCCAAUUAGCAGAGUGGUGGAUAAUUCCAAGGAUCGUUGUUGUUAUUAUUAUUAUUAUCUCGUGUGAGAAGAUUUCGUGAUUUUGUGAUUCGUUCGAGUUUGCUCGAUGUUGCUCGUCCGAUAGCGAUCAUCGAUAAUCGUGUAGCGUCUUCUUGCCAUCCAUUCUAUAAGAACGUUUAUCUCUUGCAUCCGAUCCAAGUAACAAUUAUCGAUCUAAUUAAACGGAGUGAGAAAAAUUUUUACAAUCACCUCGAUAUAUAUGUGUGUGCGUAUCGAUAAAAGUGACACGUUGAACGCGAAAUUCUUUCAAACACUUGCGUCAACUUAUCCAGAGAAGACAGAUAAGAAGUGGAUUUAUCUCGGUGAUUUAACCUUCGGCUUUUUUUUUUAGGUUAGCUUCUCUCGAUUCGGAUAAAAUACAAAAUCCAUUCGGUACAAUUAUAGAUGAUACGAUUAUUUUACAGUAUUAAUUCCAUCCUCUCCUCUAAGUGAAUCCUUCCACCAGUUCGAAAACGUGAAAGCGGUGAGAACUUGGUUCGGUAAUCGUGAAUCGUGUGAAUCGAAUUUUAUUGAACCGAGCGCGCAAGGUGUGCGAUGCCCGUGCAGUGCAACGUGACAAGGAUGAGCGUGCUCGAGAAACCGUGCGCAACGUCGACGAGCAUCCGUCACCGUCUCGAGGAUCUAACGUGAUCGCCGUUUGACGGGGGCGGCGGCGAGAUGCCUCAAUACGACGACACCUUCCUCGACUCGCCGAUCUUCCGCCGGCGCACGCGUAGCUACGCCGUGCACAAGGAGUUCGUGCCGAGCAGCCUCGCCACACCUUUGCUGCUCGCCGUGACCAAUCACGCCAGGACCCUUUCCGGCUCCCUGUCGACCUGCAGCCUGAAAGAAGUCGAGGAGCGGUCGGGCGGGAAGGCGCGCGGCGGUAAACUUGCGCGUCGUGCGCGCUCGUUCAAGGAGGACUUCCUGGAGAAGCUCUCCCACAUGCGUUCUCCCGGUAGCGGCAGCGGGGGCGGAGGAAGCGGGGCGGCCACGAGGGCCGCCUCCCCCUCCUCGCCGCGGACGCCGCGGGACAAGAGCGCCCCCGGGUGCGCGGACGCCACCCUCGACAAGAACCCCCUCCGUGACCUGCACAUCCACGUGCGACAGGUGCAGCUGGCACUGCUCCACUUCAAGGACGUCGUGUUGAAGAAGAAGCUCGAGAUGCUGCCCGGGAACGGCACCAUCAUCCUCGACCACAUCACCACGAUACACACAGUGUUGAAAUCCUACUUGCUCUACGAGAACAGCUCCACUCUGGGAUCAGCGACGAAUCAGGUGUAUCAAGCCCUGGCGCAAUUGUUGAAACUCUGCGACGACGUGUUGCUGCACGGCGACCAGUCCUCCGCGUUGGACACCGAGAACGUGACGCACAUUAUAGGAUUAGUCGAGGACGCGGUGAAAAACUUGGUCGAUCUGGCGAACGAGAAGAUCGCCAACAGACAGAAACCUGCCGCCGUCGCGACGAGUAACAGAACGUCGGGUUAUGGAUCGGAAUUGACGCCACAAAGAAAUUCUUUACCCGAUAUCCCGCUAACCCCGAGGGAAAGGCAGAUUUUAGAGCAGACCGCUGCGACUACUAGUCUGGUCCGUAGUUCGCAUAGUUCAGAGUCGAUUUUAAGGGAUUCUAGUCCACCCCCAAAACCACCACUCCCCGAAAGAACUAAUGUGUGUCUGUCGGAGGAAAAUAGUUCUUCCGGCACGCCCCCUCCAUUGCCACCGAAACGGAGAACGAGGGCUCAACAGUUGCUCGACGAGUCCGAAGGCCUUUUAGCAUCUAGUCUUGACGGUGUCUCCUUACGAAGUAGAUCUCCAGAGGAUUCGUCGUCUCUUCUAAGCGCGUCGGCUGGCAGUUUGGAUUCGGCCCUCAAUCAUUCUCGCGACGAGGAUGAGAUACGGGCGAUCAUGGGACCAAACGAUGACUCUUUGAACGAUAGUAUGGAUCUCAGCCUGAUGGCUACUAUUCAGGGCAUGCAAGUUAAUGGUAGUUCAAACUGUAGUUGCUGGGACGGUUCCGAAACAAAUAUACCAAGUACCAUGUUAUUAGGUCAACAAACUCCACAAGAAGUGCUUCAUCAAUUUACUGGUAUAGAAGGAAAUCGAUUAUCGACCCAAACGCAAGAAUCUGGUUUCGUAUCGAUGCAUUCACAACGAAGUUCAUCCCAAAGUUAUACUACUACUUCCAGUAUAACGUCCAAAAGAUCUUCCCAGCAGAGCAGCAUUAGUUAUAAUUCACAAACGUUCAAUUCUCAACAAUCGUUUUCACAAACAAAACUAUCUUCGGAUAGUAACGGGUCUAUUUUCACUCAGAAGACAAUGACUAGUUCGAAGAGUACUGUUAGCACAAAUAUAUCUGGAAGUGGAGAUUCCGCGAUACUAGAAAAAUUGGUAAAUGAAAUGGAAUCGAUAUCUACAUCGGACGCUAAUGGUGUACCGCCGGCAUUACCAGAAAAACGAUCGAAACGGAGAAAAGAACGUCAGCCAUCGCAGUACGACAAUGUACCUGAAAACGAGCAUUUAUCAACCUGUAGUUUACAUACUAAUAAUGGCGAUAAUCCAGAUGCCAGUAAACCUCCACCACUUCCUCUUAAAAAAAGGCAUAUGUUCCAAUCAGUGGCAUAUUCUGUCAUGGCAUACAUGGAGAUGUUUGGGAAUUGUUCUCACAGUAACAAUGACUUCAUCUCUGGUCUUGGGACCCGCCAUUCAGUGGCAGCUUAUAAUUCAAUGCUAGGUGAAUGGCAAAAUGAUAUGGCCCUUACUACGACACAAUCGUGUUCUUUCAUGGCACAUACUAUGACCACAUUGCACGAUAGUUCAAAUACCUCCAUAACUAUGACACCAUCAGUAACAGAACUAACAAAUAAUUCUAGUCUCCCACCAGCAUUACCACCAAAGAGAUCCCGAUCCAUUAAAUCAAAUGCAACACCUCCACCAAUUUCGCCAAAACCUACCAUUAGCAUGCAAAGUAUACAUACAAUUGAACCAAUCGUAACGUCGACUCCAGUAAAGAUAGAAGAAUCUGGUUGCAUUCAUGAUAAGAAAGAGCUGACACCUUCAACUCCAGUAAAAUUGAAUAACGUUGCCUUAGAUACAAUAUUACCAUCAUCAAGACCAGCUAGUAAUGCUUUAUCAUCGAUAUCUGUUGAUGAUAAUACUUUGGAAUUAAGAGAUAUCGAUCAAGAUGAUAGCAUAUUAGAUGAAUUGGAUAUCAGUAAAUAUUUAGUUUUUAAAAAGCCAGAUGAAGAAGGACCAGAUAUAAGAGGUGGUCAUCCUGAUGCAUUACUAAUUCAUGCAACUAAAGCUAAUAAACACGAUGAGAAGGAAUCAGAUUUUUUGUAUCAAGAAGCAUUUUUAACUACAUAUAGAACAUUCAUGCAACCAUUGGAAUUAAUUCAAAAACUGCAUAAACGUCAUCAGCGAUUCUCCUGUUCUGCUGACGUUGUCAAACAAAGAGCAGCUCGUGAAGCAUUUUCUUUAUUAGUUAGAGCUGUUAGCGAUUUAACUAUGUCUGAUUUGGACGAUACCCUCUUGCAAACUCUAAUGGAAUUCGUGCAACAAUUAGUAUGUAGCGGUGAUCUUACCAUGGCGAAAGCUUUGCGUGUUAAAAUUUUAGAAAAACACGCUGUGAAACAAUUACAAUCUGCACAACCAAUUCUUUCUUCGUUAAGUGUGACAACAAAGCAAGCUUCCCUUCUCGAUUUUAAAAGUGAACAAAUUGCGGAACAAAUGACAUUAUUAGAUGCUGAUUUAUUUAUGAAAAUCGAGAUACCGGAAGUAUUAAUUUGGGCACAAGAACAAAACGAAGAACGAAGUCCGAACUUAACUAGAUUUACAGAACACUUUAAUAAAAUGUCGUAUUGGGCCAGAUCGAGGAUACUAGAACACAGAUUAGAAAACGAAGCAAAAGACAGGGAAAAAUAUGUCGUUAAAUUCAUUAAGAUAAUGAAACAUCUUAGAAAAAUAAAUAAUUUUAAUAGUUAUUUAGCCUUGCUUUCUGCAUUGGAUAGUGCACCUAUUAGAAGACUCGAAUGGCAAAAACAUAUUACAGAAGGCUUAAAGGAAUAUUGUGCUCUUAUUGAUAGUUCUAGUAGUUUUAGAGCUUACAGACAAGCUCUGGCAGAAACGCAACCGCCAUGUAUUCCUUAUAUUGGACUUGUAUUACAAGAUCUUACAUUCGUGCAUAUUGGAAAUAGUGAUCUUUUACCUGAUGGCAGUAUAAAUUUUUCGAAAAGAUGGCAACAGUUUAAUAUUGUUGAAAAUAUGAAAAGGUUCAAAAAAGGGACAUAUUCAUUCAAGAAGCACGAACGUAUAAUAACGUUCUUCAACAAUUUCAGUGAUUUCCUCUGUGAGGAGGCAAUGUGGCAGAUUUCAGAAAGUAUCAAACCACGUGGUGGGAAAAAAGCACAGUCGCAGAACUAGAAUAUAUCUAACCCUUUCACUGCCUGUGUCUCGAAAUCGAAAGGCUGAAUCAGUGAAUUAGAAAUUUAUAUUUAUGGUAUUUAGAUAAAUUUUUAAUUAUGAACUGAAGAAAAAUGAUACAACACUCUAGGGUGGUGAAAGGGUUAGCUAUGUCUAUACCGUUUCAACAGCCUCUGUGAGGUUGUAUUUUAAUUUAUGAAAAUUUAAGUAUUCAAUCUAUACUAAACAAAAGGAAAAAGAAAAAGAGAUUACAAACAAACAUUUAGAUCAAAUUGAAAUUUGAUAUAUUUGUUUUGUUUAAAAAUAUAAAUUGCGUGUAUGGAUAUCGAUUGAAUCGAAACGCGUCGAGACUUUAAUGAAUUGGCUAAGAUCAAUCAUGUCUCAAUGUAUUUUUGUAGUUUUUUUCCUUUUUGCCAUAAAAUAAAUAAGGGAAAAAUUUGCUAUGGAUCUAUGCAACGUAUACUUAAACGAUGCAGCUAUAACGAUGCUUAACAUAGCAUGAAGGGAAAGAAACCCCGCACACAUUAAUUAUAUUCUAUAUAUAUAUAUAUAGAAUAUUCUAUAUAUAUAUAGAAAUAUAUAUGAAAACUAUUUAUUUAUUUGCCUUAUAUCAGCGAUAUGUAAAAAAUAGUAGAUGUCAUUCAUUUCUUUUUUUUUUUUUUUAAUUUAUUUAAGUAUAUAUGUGAACGUCCAUCAUAUAGCUUUAUCGUAGGUAGAAAAACUUUUCAAACGUCAACAGGGAAAAAUCUGUUGACUUCGCAAGGAAAAACACCAAUUACGUUGAUUAAUGUAGAGCCAUUGUAGUAUCGGAUCAGCGCAAAAAUAAUGCGCUUUUCCGAACACAUGGCACGACUGAGCGUAACUGUUACAUAUACUAUUGUAUAUGAUUCUAGGAAACACUUUUUGUUGGAAACUUGUUAAUAGAUAUCCAAGCUUUCAGCUUUAAAUCGAAUGGUUACCUAGAGAUAUGUAGGUAAAUUAAGUGUGAAGAAACUCACGAUCAUAACAAAAGAAUUGAAUUGACAUUUUAUUAACAUCAUUCAAUAGUUUUAUUGAUAAUUAUAAAUAUCGAUAUAUUAUAAUUUGAUAUUUUUCACUAUCAAAUUUUUUCUACGUUUAUAGAUUUCAGCAAUGAAAGCAAGAGCCUUUCUUUCACAGUACAUUCCGAUAGAGUGAAAGAAUUCGAUCAAAUUAAUUUUAUUGAAAUUAUAAAGAUAAAGAAAAAAAUGUAUUAAUUAUCUCUAUAAUUUUUUUUAUUUUUGUUUAAAUAUAUCGAAAUUUAAUAGAGUGCAUCAAUUUUUUUUUUUUUUUUUGUUUUUUGAGUUUCUAAGAUAAAUAAUACCGCUAUAAUGAUAUAUGGCUGUCUGUGUGCCUCAUAUUAUAGAGUGAAUGAAUAUCUGCCUAUUAACACUUCUUUGUUCUCACAUUUAAUAACAUAAAUGUCUUGUGUACAAUAUUCAUGGGCAAAGCUAUAAUAAUCAGGCUUAAGAGAUUUAAAAAAAGAACUAUCAUCUGCAUGUUAACGCGUUCUAUGUAUAAUCGUACCGAUUGUACAUUCUUAUUCACGUUAAAGAAAAAGGCCUAAGCAGUUGAUAGUUAACGUCGGUCUAUAAGCAUACCGUUAAUUAAAAUUUAUCAUUAAACAUUGAAAAAAAAAAAAAAAAUAAAGCUAAAACAACCAUGAUUUAGUCUCAAGAUAUAGUUAGAAAAUUGCUAU